AUGGACGACACAAAGACAGCAAGUCUUAUAGCAAGUGCACUAAGUAAACUUGUUGCAGAACUCGUCUUAACAUGCAAGAAUGCUAAAGAAAUCUGGGACAAAUUACGCGCCCGAUUUAAAUGUAGCAGUACUCCGCGUUUGAAUAUGUCAAUUGAAAUAUUUUUCCGUGUUAAACGUGAUGAAACGGAAGACAUUAGUGCACAUGUGGCCAAACUGCAAAAGUUAUUUGUGGGCCUGAACAAUGAAUUAGCAAAACAUGAAGAAAAUACGCUAAGUGAAAGAAUCUUAAAUGGUCGAAUUUUGUCUACACUGGGAAAAGACUACGACAAUUUUAAGGAUCUCUGGGCUACGAUACCGACAGAAAAACAAAGCUUGAAUUUAUUGAUUGAAAAACUCUGUCACUGGGCAGCAGAGUAUUCACAGAACGCUCGUGACAGCAAUAAAAGAAAAGAGAAGAAGCGAGAAAGUUGA